UAAUUAUUGCUUGGACGUAGCCAAAACAAGCUGAUCUUGCUCGUAACUAGGACUUUUUUUAUAUUGAACAACAGUUUUACAAUAUUUAAUCAAUUUAUAUCCGAAUAAUUGUAUUUCAUUUGCUAAAUACUGGUGCAUCAUGAGCUCGUCUAGCACAACUGCAACAACUCCCAACAAGCAAGUAAAAACCGACAGCUGGAUGGACGAUGUUCUACGCCCGAACAAUAGUUCAAACAAGAACUCCAAAAAUUAUUCAAACUUAUUGGAAAUGGAGAGAUUUGGAAAUACCGAUUACUCAUUAGAAGACUCGAACACGAUUGAGUUCAAUGCAGAUGAUAUCCCCAUGCUACCGGACGCAGAUGAGCUACAAGAAAGCCUCCUUUACAAUGAAUCACCCAACUUACCCUCAGUUACAACAUACAAGCAACUUGGCACUGAUAUAUUUCCCAACAGCAAAUCUGCCCUCGGCAACUUGGAUGAGAUUGAUAUUUCGAUUCUCACAGAGUGCUUGGAAAACGAAGAUUACAUCGAAGAGCCCGAUGAACCGUGGAUCUGGGAUCAACUGUUUGCUCAGCUGGCGGUGAAAAUUAGCACCGAAGCAAAGUCUACCCCAGUUGAAUAUAAAAAUUAAACACAUGCUUAGUUCGAAUUGUGAA